AUGCAUUUCCAGCAGACACAGUCCGCUGGCCCUGGCGCCGAGCAGAAAGAGUCACCGAAGGUCUUCACCAAGAAGUCUUCCAGCUUGCCUUUUGGAGAGGAAUUGUCCCUUGGAUCGAUCAGCGGGCCUACCUACUUGACUGCUCAGACACUCGUUCAGCAGGUUGCUUACGCCUUGUCUGACAAGAUCUUCGCAUACUCUGCUGAGUCGUUCGACCUGGAUGUGGCGAUCAAGAACUGGCAGAAGCAGGGCGAGAAGAAUGCCUUUGGAUACCAGACAGGCGUCUCCUCGCUGGAGACAAGAACCGGUGCUGGCGCAAUCGCGCUUGGAUACCUAUUCUCCAAGGACUUCGACCUCGCGAAGCGCCACAUCCCUCAAUCGAUAGUCGCCUCUUCCUCGACCUUGAACUAUCUCCGCCCAGCACUCGACCAGCUGUCGCUCCUUUACUCGGUCGCUAACCCCGUCACUGCUCACAUCGCCGCCGUCGACUACUCCGCCAACUCCAACGCCGGCCUUGUUACCGACUAUGUCUCCUCUCUCACCCUUGCUGAGGAUCUUGGCCUCGGUCUUGUCUGCAGCCCCUCCGUCUUCGAGACUCAGCAUAUGGCUCUCUUUGCCACCCUCCUCUCGAGCGUCAUUCCUACUAUCCACACAUACGAUGGAAUCAGCGUUGGUCGCGAGACCGCCAGGCUGGUAGACACCCUAGACCAGAGCAGGCUGCACAACAGCUACCAGGCUGUUCUGAAGGCCGUUUCUGAAGUCGACAAGAAGCACUCGGAUAACGCCGGUCGCCUUGUUCGCCUGCUCCAGGCUUUCAACGACGAGUUCGGUGAGGACUACAGGCUGUUCGACUACUACGGCCAUGAGGAGCCCGAGAGUGUCCUUGUUGUCUUCGGUACCGUCGAGGCCUCUUUGUCUGCUCAGGUCGCCAACGCUCUGUCCAAGGAUGGCGACAAGGUUGGUGUUAUCAACGUCCGUGUCUACAGGCCCUUCGUUGAGGAGGCUUUCCUCGAGGUGCUCCCCAAGAGCGCCCAGCGCGUUGCCGUCCUCGGCCAGGUCAAGGACGAGGCUGCCGUCUUCGAUGCUGCAGAAUACUCUCGACUCUACUCAGAUGUUCUGGCCGCCACCCAGUUUGCCUUCGACAGGAAUGUUGAGGUUUCUGACAUCAAGUACUCCCGCGAGCAGGUCUGGACACCCAGCAACGUUCUCGACGUUUUCCGCCAGAUCUACAGUGAGAAGAGGGAAGGCGAGGAGUCGCGCUCGUAUGUCGACAUCCUCAACACUGCCGACGUCAAGCAGUACACCUUCUGGGAUCUCGACGAGUCCCCUGCUGCCACCGCACCUGCUGUCGUUGGCAAGCUCCUGUCUUCUGACUCUUCCAAAAACGUCUUUGUCCGCGAGGGCCACGACAACCUCGUCUGCGGCGGCGUCACUCGUGUCGACAUCCGCAACGCCGACUACACUAUUGAGGCGCCCUACGCCGUCGAGCAAGCCGAUGUUGCUGCCAUCGGCGAUGUUUCCAUUCUCGGUGCAUUCGAUGUUCUUAACGGCGUCAAGGCUGACGGUUCCAUCAUCGUCCAGCUUCCUGGCGUCAAGGAUGAAGAUAUUGAGAAGAAGCUUUCUCCCGCUUUCCGCAAGGCACUGGUUGAGAAGGACAUUUCGCUGUUCAUCAUGGAUCCUACACAAUCGGAGGCUGUUGCCGAAGAGUCUACACUGACUACCUGCCUUUGCCAGUUGGGUUUCUUGAAGGUUGCUCGUCCAGAUCUGCUCACAUCGCAUAUCUCUAAGCUGGCGGCCAUUAACGGCACCAACGAGAUUUGCGAAAAGAUCGUUCAGCAAUUGGAGAGCGCUCUCCGGGAGGUGGAGGUUCCUGCUGCCUGGGCCACCGUCGAAGAGGAUGUUCAGCCCAUCCGCCUGCCCGCGGAUAUCAACAUCAACAGCUUCGCGCCGUUUGACCGUACAGAGUCUGAGCCACCCACGCUACUCAAGAACUGGCAGAUCGCCGCUAAGGGCCUUGCUUUUAAGGAAGCGUUUGGCACCCAGACUGUGCUCCGUCCUGAGCUGGGUGUCAAGACGUCUGUCGUCACCGUCAAGGAGAAGCGUCGUCUCACACCCCAGAACUACGACCGUAACAUCUUCCACAUCGAGUUCGACCUUGGUGACACUGGUGUCACUUACGCUAUCGGUGAGGCUCUCGGCAUUCACGCUGAGAACGACAAGGUUGAGGUCGAAGAGUUCAUCAAGUGGUACGGUCUCGAUCCUGAUGAGGUUGUCGAGGUACCUUCCCGUGAGGAUCCCAACGUCCUUGUCAACCGCACUGUAUACCAGUCACUGCUCCAGAACGUUGACAUCUUUGGUCGUCCUGGCAAGAAGUUUUACGAGGACCUCGGUGACUUUGCCAGCGAUGAGCAGGAGAAGCUGGCUCUCCAGACUCUGUGCACUGGUGACGGUGCUUCCGAGUUCAAGCGCCGUGCUGAGGUCGACACCCUCACUUACGCGGAUCUUCUGCUUGAAUUCUCGUCUGCUCACCCAUCUUUCCACGACAUUGUUCGCAUUGUCGCCCCUAUGAAGCGUCGCGAGUACUCGAUCGCCUCCUCGCAGCACGUCACUCCCAACUCCGUUACCCUGUGCAUUGUCACCGUCAACUGGGUCGACCCCAAGGGCCGCGACCGCUUCGGUCAGGCUACCCGCUACCUCAACAACCUUCGUGUCGGUAGCCCUGUUACCGUCUCCGUCAAGCCUUCCGUCAUGAAGCUCCCGCCCAAGACCACCGCGCCCAUCAUCAUGGCUGGUCUCGGAACCGGUCUCGCGCCCUUCCGCGCCUUCGUCCAGGAGCGUGCCUACCAGAAGCAGCGUGGCGAGGAGAUUGGCGAGGUUCUUCUGUACAUGGGCUCUCGUCACCAGCGUGAAGAGUACCUGUACGGUGAGGAGUGGGAGGCGUACCAGGAUGCCGGCAUCAUCACGCUGCUCGGUCGCGCUUUUUCGCGUGAUCAGCCUCAGAAGAUCUACAUCCAGGACCGCAUGAGGCAAACCCUCACUGACAUCCGUCGCUCGUACCUUGAGAAGGAGGGUAGCUUCUACCUUUGCGGACCUACAUGGCCUGUGCCCGACGUUACCGAGGUGCUUCAGGAGGCCGUCGAGGUGGACCACAAGAUGAAGAACCCUGAUGCUAAGAAGAUUGAUAGCAGGCGCGCGAUUGAGACGCUCAAGGAUGAGGGCCGUUACGUACUUGAGGUUUACUAG